AUGGAACGAAUUUGGGUUUUCUUGGUCUGUGUAAUGUUCCUUGGAGCAGUUUCAACGGCUUCGGUAAAGUAUAACAUUUGGAAUCUGGUUUUAACUUGCCGAAUUCCAGCAAACCUUGUAGAUUUGGUAAGCACAUCUUUCCAAGAGAAGCUGAGGAUCGGAACUUGUCAAAGCAUGUUUGAAAUGAACCUUAUAAAUAUUACAUCCUAGAGACAUAGUUAGCAACAUAACGCAUGUUAAAGCUCGACUACUCCUAAACUUUUUGCGUCGCUGCAAUGUCUUUCAGACUCCGUGCAAAGCUUCUUUCUUUUGGUCAAUCGAAAUUGAAAGUAUAAAUCACACACAACUUGAUUACGUAUGGAUUUACUGACUUGCAAUCUAAUUAAGUUGAAUUUUCGUUAAUUUUAUUUCCUAAGAUCAAAGGAGACCCUUCGUUCGAACGUAUGCUGCACAAGGUGAGUUCAAAGAGGUAAAACAUGCUGCUAUGGAGGUGGGUUGGAGGCGGGGGCUGGGCAGGGCCGGGUAUUGUUCCCGGGGUGGGGUGUUUUGACUGACCUUACCGGGGAAGGGGAUAUUUGAAUCUUUCUUUUUCUGAUGAGGCAACUUGGGCAGAUGAGACUGAGGCCAACAUGACAUUUUCCUGCUUCACAGUUGCACCUUGUUUCCUUGAAAUCUUAAUGAUCACCAGAUUUUAAAACAAGAUUCUGGCUUUGUUUACAAUGAAAGGAGGUCUGGUAAAUCUUCCAGAUCAGAGGGCUACCAAGGGGUAGAAGCGCCAGGCAACAUAGUCCCGAAAACUGGCAGCAAUCCUCUUGGAAAGCACCCACAGUUGACAGAAAAAGAGGAAAACUGUGACAGCAACAGUCCAUUUUUUAAGUUUUGAAAGUGACAAUGUGGUCACUUUUGCUUUUUGGCUCUUUUGUUAGCCAAAUAACCAACUCUCUUCUAUUUUUUUUACAAACAUUUUCUGUUAUUUUCUUUGGAGCAUGUUGUUAUUAUAGUAUUCACAUUCAAAAAUAGUCUCUUCAGGGAGGAAGGUUGAUAACAAUUAAUGCACUAUAUUCUCGGUAAAUUUCAAUUUGAGUAUCGCAAAAAUUUAUGCUGAACCGACAGCGACAUUUUUCCUAACCUACCAGGUAACAUGCAGUCUUAGAUAAGACCAACAAAGUGACAGCAUACCCCUCUCCCCCUUGGAAGUCCUCAAAUCAGACUUAGAAGGGAGGGGUGUGACCUCUUGCCAUUUUUUCCUGCUCCAUUCUCUUUGCACCACCCCUAUAUACCCUCUGGACACCUGGAACAAUUUAUAACAGAGUGAUAAGGCACUGUGGCUGAGUGUUUGGCAUAUCAGAUUUGCAAUCAGGAAGUCCCAGGUGUGAGUCCCACUAACAAACUCUGGCUGGAUUUGUUCUUGGUUGUCCCACGUUCAAAUCCUUGGGAUGUGUAGCUAGCCUGGGAUGGGUUGCAACUCUCACCAAACUCUCACUUGAAGAAUAUCGUUGACAGUUAUUAAAAAACAAAUUAAAUUUAAUUCACUCUGAUCUGCUACAUUUUUGUUAAAAUUUUUGUCAUGCUCACAGAAAUAAUACACAGUAAAUUUAUUUGAUAGUUUUCAGACAAGGACUGUGUUAACAAUGCCUAUCCACCCAAGGAAAGGUAUGGUCUUAAUCUAAUUAGAAAAAAAUAUAUAUUUAGCAAGUUUUUGUGAUAAUAUUAAUUGUCUUACUAGCCUGAGGACUGAGGCGUGUCAAAGUCGAUCACAACCGUGUGGCUGAAGAUGUUUGAUUUGAUUGGUCAUAGUGUGUAGUUUUAUAAAAUUAGAACUGCACACAAAACAAAGUCUACCAUGUGAAAGUACUACUGAAGAAGUUUCAUUUGAAUGGUCACACCACAGGAUUUGAUCCGCAGAAACAAAAGUUACAACUGCAUGAAAAUCAUUUAGAACUCUCUGAAAGUACUGUUGAAGACUCCAGAAGUGUGCAUUGGACAAGAGGAGGGAGAUAACGCGGACCUUCCUCUUAACCAACAUUAGUUCCCUUUUGAAUCUCUGUAUUGUUUAUUGUUUUUAUUCCCUAGGAAAGUAGGCUGGGAAAUUGUGAACCUUGAUCUUCCUGCAAACCAGAGGUACAAUGAUCUUGCAAGCAAGAAAGUAAAAGAGGUGGAUCAUGUUUUUUGUUAAUCUGUGUUGUGGUCUGUGUUAUUUUUCGAGCUUAGUUAUGUGUAGAAUAUGGUACCUAGAAAGUCUUAUAGCUAGCUCUUGGAAUAUUUUGAAUCUCAAAAUCGUUUGUGGUGAUUGAAUCUCAAAAUCUUGAAGUAUUUUGUUUGGUUCUUUUAAUCUUGGAAUCUUAUACGUUUGCCCCAAACCCAGCUUGCAUAUGCAUUUUUCUUGUCAUCUUGGGGAUUUGCUUUUUGUCAGCCCUCUUUUUUUUUCUUCAAUAAAAGUUUUUAUCAUUUAACAUUGAACAAAAAAGUCAGUUCUGCUUUUUUUUCAAAAUUGUAUGUUCUUGUUUUUAAGCUCCUCAAUUUGCUGAGCUACAUCAAGAACUUUACAAGCUUUAUCAUGGAUGGCAAGUUGUUUGGAAUUAUAGACAAAGACUUGGUAUGUUAACAUGAUUAUCUGGGCAUAUAUACUUGACUCCUUGAUUGCUUUGCUCCAUUUGAAGUAAUUUCUCCUAUAGUUUCCAUGCCAUCGCACUUGUCCCAAAUUCAGUCUACUUGGAUACUUGCGGUCGGUGAAAUCUUAGGCUCGCUAGAAACCACUUUACUCAGAAUUUGCAAUGAACUGCCAUGCAAAGAGGGGGUCGGUAAUUUCUAUCUAGGCCAGGGGUGCAAGCAGCAUACUACUUGUAGGCUCCACUGUAUUAUGUGCUAGUUGUAAUUCAGAUCUUUAUAAAGUGGCCCUGUGGCUGUCGGCCUUGCGAAGAGUUUGUGCCUUUACUACAACUACACCAUCUAAACUUUGGACCUUUAUUUGUUAAUCUUUUGCUUUGCGUAGGGUCCUCUGGCUGACACGCUUCCAGCGCCAUAUGGGGAUGAAAUCAAGGGAUUAUCUCAAGCAACAGGAAUUCCUCUUGGUAUGAAGGAAUAAUUUAUUUUGCUCCUCUCUCCCUUUCUACUGCUCAACAAUUGCAAGAGAUCUAUAAAAUUAUUUUGUAAUAUUUAAUGUCCAGCUAUUUUUGUGUCAUUAUCCUCAUCUUCACCAUCAUGAACUCACCUAAAAGCAUCAGAAUUUGUCUUAUUUAAUGUUCCAAGGUUUAUAGCAUUUAUUCUUCUCUUGUCUUUCUAGGUGAAGUUGUGCUGUACAACAUCUUUUAUGAAGUUUUUACUCUUUGUACUUCUAUUGUUGCUGAAGAUAAAACAGGUGCAUUUUUAAGCUCCAUUUUUUGAGUUAGAGAAUACUGGUUCUUUCCUUUAUUCUACUUUAACUAUUCAUGAAUAAAGUUUUACAGCCUCUAGAUGCAACUGUUGGUAAUUUAAGGGUUAUGUAAUCCUUACAUGCCAGAAACUUUUUUCCAGGGAAUCUGUUUCAUGCUCGAAACUUGGAUUUUGGUCUGUUUCUUGGGUGAGUGCAAUCUGACUCUCAAGCAAUUUAUCUGUCCAUUUGAGAUUUGAUUAAGGUAUUUGUACUAAAUUUUUUAACUUAAAAGUAGUGCUGCAAUUACACCACUUUUAACUUCCAAUCAGUUCUAGUCUAUGAAAGUGUAUUCUUGGCUUCUACAUGUAUUUCACAAUACCACUCCAGUUGCACCCUGGAGGGGUGGGGUGGGUACAAAGAAUACUGCAGGUAAUAGUGGAGCUGUCCUGCACACAAAGCUCUCACAGUGGAGUGCCAUGGGUAAUAAAAUUUGGUAAUGAAAGAAAUUUUGGUAAUGAUAAAAUCAUCUACUGUCUCAGGUCCAUUUUUUUGAGAGCUCCACUAAUUUGGCUUUGGCUAAAUUUUUUUUAGGUGGGAUCAAAAGAAUGACACUUGGAUGUUGAGUGAAAUUCUUAGGACACUUAUUGUCAAUAUUGACUACCGUGUAAGUAUCAUUAAUAAAAUAAUUUUAUUAUGGUCUGUGUGGCAUGUGGUCUAUAAUUCCUAAUGAGAUAUUCCAUAGAGACUUGACAAUAUUACUUCCAACUUUGUUAAAUAGAACAAAUUGAUUACUACUGGUACUUUAUUUUCAGAGAAAUGGCCAGACAGUGUACAAAACAGUCGCCUUUGCUGGAUAUGUCGGUGUCAUAUCAGGACUUAAGCCAGUGAGAAUUCCAUUUAACUUAUGAGAGACAGCUUAACAAUCUAACACAAGGGCCCGGUUUUUCAUUUUUGUGCCAGAUGUUUCUUACUUGUUAAUGUACUUACUAGUGGUAACAACCUACAGAGAAAAAGCUUUGUAUUCAGCAGCCAGCUACAUAUGCCAACUCUCCCAAAUUACAUGUAUCUAAUGAUCUCCUUGAUAUGGCACAAAUCUUGCCGCCUCCCACCAUGGGUCACCAAAUCCCCUGGAUAAAAUCUAAUUUUCAAUCAAGUUUCAUGUGCUAAUUAGUUUGGAUUAAUUUAGGCGAUUUGUUUCAAAAUUAAAAAGAAUACAAUGUUUACAAUAAUAGUUCCGUUUCAGUGGCAUUUUGGCGUGUAUUUCAUCCCUGAGGUUAUUUGUGAAAUAGCAAUGAAUAAUAUAAUCUGUUAAUGCUCACAUGCUAUCCUGUGUUUGUGAAAAAUAGUAAUAAUAAUUAUUAUAAAGCUUAUUAUUGUUGAUUUUCAUUAGGGAGUGCUUACUCUUACAGUGAAUGAAAGAUUCAACAUAGAUGGAGGUUUUAUUGGUAAGAACUUAUUGAUCACUGAAUGCACAGUAGCUGAAUAAUUCAGAUAUAACAAUAAGUAUGAUAAGCGCUGAUAUUUUUUUAUUGGAACCCUAAGAACCUUCCAGGUGACACCAAUUCUGCCUUGAAUUUUACAUCUGUUUUAAAGCUUGAUCUUAGUAGAAAACCUACAAUUUAUUCUUGUAGUAUUUUUGUAAGUUCGUGCAAUGUUAGAAAAAAUUAUUUACCACUAAAUUAAAUAUAUCUAAAAAAUGAGGCCCCCUAAGGGGAGGAGGUAUGCACGUCCAUAGCCUGAAUUUCAAAUAUGGUCAUUUUGCAAUGUGAGGAGUAGGCCCUGUUGGUAUUUAACCCAUCUUUAUGACGUUUAUCGCCAUUUCAUCGAGACUUAAGUGCUGUUUCAGGGCCAUGCAGCUUGUCAGAAUUUGAUCCUACCAGGGUCUUGCUAAUAAAGUAAGUUCAAGAGAAGAACCAUGCAUGGUUGAAUAGCUAAAACUAUCUGCGAGUUUAUGCAACGGGACGGCUGGAAGAAGAGGAUGGCAAAACGCUUGUGUGUGACAAACGUGACAUGGCUAUCAAUUGCGUGUUUUGUCAUGAUUGUCACUUAACAUUAAGGUUUUCUGGUCUUUAAUGAAAAGAUCUGUUUUAAGGAAAUUAAAGUUUGGCAAAAAAUUGUUUCAAACAAAAUUAUUGUCCCGCUUUGUCACACAAGCUUUGCCAUCUUCUUUCCCCUCCCAUCCUGUUGUGUAAAUUCACUAAUAUUGUGAUGGCAUGUUAAAUUUCAGCCCAUUUAAAUCUUAUCAAAUAAUUUAGCAUAAUUAUUUUAGACUCAGUGUGUCAUCACAUCUUGUUACUUACAGGGAUUAUAGAGUGGAUACUUGGCAAAAGAAAUGCAAAAUGGUCCACUUUUCUUACACGUGAUGUUCUGGAAAACGCAGCCAGGUAAGCUGAAACGUUUCUCAAAAAAAUAUUCAUUUUCAUUUCUGCAAAGCUUUUUUUAAAUAAAUCACAAAAUGGAGGUUUCGUCUAGAAAAACUUUUGGAGACAUGUGCUAUGGUGUAAAUGUAAUCCUAACGUGUAAGUUAAUGUGGAUAAUUAAUAUCCUGGGCUCAUGGUGGUCUUUGAAAUGAAACAUCUUCAGUAGUGCAGUGGUACUAUUAAUUUUGUGUUGCACAUUGUAAAUGUCGUUCUAACUUUUUGUCUGGUGGAGAAAUCAAGUAAAAGCUACAGUUGGUACCUUGCUUGGUACCUCUAUUUUGUCUUUCAGCGUACAGAACAAAGUUGUUAUUUCUCAUGACAUUUCAUUAAAUUUAGCACUCUUGACCAUUUAAGUGUUAACACAAAUAUUUAUUGUAACUUUUGAAGUUAAUAUACACAAUACAAAGUAUUUGCACUCUGUGAUGAGGUUUGAAUGUAGACACUGUUUCCCGCCAGUGUGAAUCUGAAAGAUAAGCCAUGUCUUGUUUAUGAUGAACAUUGAAUUGCUUUGUUUUUAUCAGUUUUAAGGAAGCUCGAGAUAUGCUGACAAAUGAUGAAGUGCUGGCUCCAGUUUAUUACAUUCUUGGGGGAACUAAAUCUGGCGAGGUAACAUAGCAUUUGAUUUAAUUCUGAAUGCAAGCAGCACUGAUUCUUGUUUUGAAACUCAGUGACUUGGUGAAGCCAUUUGCUGAGCUUGCUGUUGCAUACUAAAAGCAACUUUGUGAUUUCUUUUGAACGUUAAUGAGUAUGGUCAUAUCUUCAUUUAGAUUUAUUUAGACCUGUUUUGCAUCAUCUUACAGGGUGUAGUCAUAACACGUUCUCGAACAAAGUGCCUGAACCAGAUGAGGUAAAUAUUAUUGUCAAGUCUUACUGUAAAUGGUGCUCAGAAACAACUGUUGGCAGUCAUGCAUGGUUGUGUGUUUAUUUUACCUCUUUUAAUUUGAAAGCAUCUUGUACAUUGCCAGAGUUACGAAUAAAAUCCAUGCAAAUGAUCACAUUAAAUCUUCAACUAGGGUUGCUCUGUUCAUUACACUAACACUGAAGUGGUCAUCUACAUGCACCUUUGAAAUAGUACUAUCUACUGUUUUUUUUUAUCUUAAUCAUUCUGCAGCUAACCAAAAAAUGGAAAAAAGUACCAGACAUUAAAAUCAAUUCAUACUAAUAAAAAAAAUGUUAGUGUUAAUAAUAAAUUUAAUGAUUUAGUUGUUUUUGGAUGAUUUCAGAGUUCUGGUAAUUUAUUAGAAUCACAUGACACUAUUGUGCUUGUUGUAUUAUUUUUGUAUUUCAGCCUCAAUCCGUCAAAUAAUACCUGGUUUGUCCUGGAGACAAACUACGACAACUGGGAACCACCACUAGUGGUAGAUGACAGAAGGACCCCUGUGAGUUGCAAAACAAUCCUAUGUUAG